CGGAGCAAGGGAUUAUCUCGGAUGAGCUGCAACAUUAUCUGAGCCUCUACUUUGUAGGCAUUUGGUGCUCACUUGUCUCCCUUGUUGGUUACGUCACCAACAUCAUCAACAUAGUGGUUUUCAUCAGGUGCUGUAAGACUUCGUAUUUUAAUUUUUAAAGUACAAUUGAAAUGUAAGAUGUGGUAAUUAAAUAGCGGCAUUCCAAUAACGUCACAUUGGAGAUGGCGUCGGUGUGUCUUCGAGCGCGAGCCCAUAAUACCCCUCGGCACACCCCCAGACGGGCCGACGCCGGGUCUCCCGCCGGCAGACAGUGUGGAAGCAUGCCGGGAACUUCGUCCCUGGCCCUGAAGGACAUCCGGUNGGGGGGGGGGGGGGGGAAGGUGCUGCGAUACCUCCCCCCAUCGUCCAGGGAGUUGUCCGGUCGGGAUGAAAACUGGGACGAAACGGUCGCCUAGGAGCGGCUUUCUCAGGGCCGCGUAGAUAAAAUCACCGGUAUGGGUUUUAACCGCCACCCAGACCUCAUAUCCAUUAACGGCAACAAGUAAUCAUGUCAUUGCGUUACUUCCGUUGCGUUGGAAGUCAUGCAAGUGGCCGGGUUUUUAGCUUCGGGAGAGGAGACCUCCCUACUGGUCAGGCACGCCACGAAGAGGUAAACCCCAUGUGACACCUCUGAGUUGCCUCGGUGAUGCGGGACUCUGACUUAGAGGCGUUCAGUCUCCGUCACCCCUGAAUAGCGGCAUUCAGAAGAGUCGAAAAGAGCGUUUGAUCUGACUAAGAUGUAACCAGCGCCAGAUGGAGAAUGUUGGAAUGAGAUGUGUGGAUUUUAUGUGCACACGUCUUUGUCCUAUAACUUGUACCAUUAGUUUUAUUCUCAGUCCUACUUAUAUGAAGAUGGCCAAGGCUAUGGUCGAGGCUAAGAGCAGACUUGACUUGCACUGUAUUUUGUUUUAAAGAAAGGAAAAAUUGCGCAAUUCCUCAGGCUCAGUUUCCCGUCUUUUCCUAUUUUGAUCCAAUGGCAAGACUUGGUCAAGACGACUGGGAGAUGAGCCCGGAUCUAGUGGAUGACCAAGGGCAAGACUUUGUCAAGACGACUGGGAGAUGAGCCAGGGUCUAGUGGAUGACCAAUGGCAAGACUUGGUAAAGACGACUGGGAGAUGAGCCCGGGUCUAGUGGAUGACCAAUGGCAAGACUUGGUCAAGACGACUGGGAGAUGAGCCCGGAUCUAGUGGAUGACCAAGGGCAAGACUUGGUCAAGACGACUGGGAGAUGAGCCCGGGUCUAGUGGAUGACCAAGGGCAAGACUUUGUCAAGACGACUGGGAGAUGAUUCAGGAUCCAGUGGAUGACCAAAGGCAAGACUUGGUCAAGACGACUGGGAGAUGAGCCAGGAUCCAGUGGAUGACCAAUGGCAAGACUUGGUCAAUAAAACUAGGAGCUGGGCCAGGGUCUAGUGCAGCGGUUCUCAGCCUGUGGGUCGCGACCCCUUUUGGGGUCGUGUGACCCUUUUCUAGGGGUCGCCUAAGACCAUCUGAAAACACAUAUCCGUACAGCUAUGAAGAAGCAACGAAAAUAAUUGUGUGGAUUGGGGUCGCAACGACACGAGAAACGAUAUUAAAGGGUCGUGGCACGAGGAAGGUUGAGAACCACUGGUCUAGUGGAUGACCAAUGGCAUGACUUUGUCAAGACGACUGGGAGAUGGGCCAGGGUGAAGGGGAUGACCACUGGCAAGACUUGGUCAAGACAACUGGGAGAUGAGCCAUGUUGCAGUGGAUGAUAGCAAUGUUUCCUGAGUCUCACUGCGAUCUUAAUGGGUUCCACGUUGCAGUAGUUGUCGGAAAUUUAUUGGCUGUCUGGCUGUGCGGUCAAAACAUGUCUAUUCCAAAAUUGUCGAUUGUGUUCAAUGCCCAGCAGAAACAUCUCCAAAACUCCGAGAGGAUGGAACUCGUUAUCUAAGAGAACGCAUCAACAGGAUUCAUUUCAAUCAAGGGGGUCUCAAACUCGGGGACAAUAUUUUGCGGCCCGUUACAUGACAGCAAAGUUUAGUUUUUACUCUUCUCAUAUCUAUAAUGUGACCCUCCACGACAUUUUCAGUCGAAUCUCACCGAUUAGUCUAAUUCUGAUUUGAAUUAUGUUUGCAUGCUUUUGGACGUUGAUUAUAAUAGUAAAACCGGUAUUAAAAUCGGACUUAUUUUUUUUAAAUUUUAUAGCAUUAAAUUUUAUUAGACAAACAUGACCAAGGUGCUUUUUGGAGAAAGAUUUAAAAGUCAAUUGGUGGGUAAUGCACAACCAGAAUUGUGUAAAUCGUAGUAAUCUGACACGGUAUUAAAAAAAUCCCUAUUAAAAUUGCCGCUAGUGUUUACGUGUGAGGGAAAUUUCAAGCCUGUCAGCUUGAUCACUUUCAAAAUAGUGUUAGUCAAAAAGGUCUUUUCUACGACAAAAAAAUCAGAAUUCAUUCUUAAUACCUAAGGGACGGCACUCAUCAAUAUUGGAUGGUGGCUCAUCUUCCUUGGCAUCAAUAAUUCAUAAAUAUUGUCUUCUCCUGCCUACCGCUUGACACAUUUUAGCAUUUAAAGCCUUAAUGGAUAAGGAUGGGGUGGUUGUUCCUGUACUAAGUGAUCCCAAAUGGCUUAUAAACUUGGCUUUUCUCGUUGACAUCACACAGGAGCUGAAUGUACUCAGUAAGAAGUAACAAGACCAGGGGUAGCUUGUCAGUGUUGCCUAUGACAAUGUCAGGGUAUUCUGCACAAAACUUGUGUUAUGGUUCUUAGAGAAACCUCUGCCGUUUCCCUACAUCCAAAGUACUCACGGACUCGGGCACACCAUUCAGUAGCAACUUAGUAGUAAGUAUACUGAUGCCAUUGCAAAGCUACAGGAAGAAAUUAAUCACAGGUUUCAGACUUUAAAACACACUCAGCCACUUUUCAACUUUUCGCUGACCCUUUCUGGACAAUUUAAUGAGAGCAUUGCCCUCCACCUUCCCUAAGAUUCCUAGGUUGUUCAAGCGGAUUAUGUGCCCUUUUGGGGAGUAAUCUGUGUGAAAAGCUCUUUUCUUCUUUGAACUUUAACAAGUCAAAGUUCAGGGCGAAAAUUACUGAUGAGGAAUAUUUGAUGCGGCCCAGUCUCACUCAGAUUCUACCUCCUGCGGCCCCCAGAUGAUUUGAGUUUGACACCUCUGAUUAAAUAAACCGUUGAACUUCAAUCAUACAAGCAACGGAAACUCUUCAAAUACCACCACAAUGUCCACAAGAAAGAUCUCUAGCUGUCUCUGGUCUUGUAGAUUUUGGCAUGUGAAUAAGCAGGAAGCAAUGGUUCGGGAAUGCCAAAAAAACACCAUUAGAACAUAUCCAAUUAAGAACAUACCACGACGAGAACACCCAAACAACGAGAAAAUACUUGUUGCCACAAGAAAUAAUCUAAUUUGGAAAAGACUUCACACAUAAAUCUUCUUCUUAUUAUGAUUAUCAUGGCCCGUAAGGAAAACAAAGUAGCUAUAUUAAUUUAAGCAUUGAAAAAACUCAUAAAAUUUGUCCUAUCCUUGGAAUGUUUUUGUUGACUUGCAUUUACAAAUAGUUUAUAGUAUAGCGGAUAGCGUAUAAUUAAAUGUGUGUUUACCAAUUAUGGCAAUUGAACUAAUUUCAUCGGAACAUUUCAGACAAGGCUUACUAGACAGUGCAACAAUCUCACUUUUCUCACUAUUCAUUUCAGACAAGGCCUGCAAGACAGUACAACCAUCUCACUAUUCUCACUCUCCAUUUCUGACUUGGGCUCAAACAUUUGUACUUUCUUCCUCGGAAUCUUCCUUGUCAUCAAAGAGAUGAACAUUUUAGUGGAGGUAAGACUGACGCAUCUUCAGGUCUCUGAGUGUUACAUUCUCUUUGAUGUCGCCAGAAUUGUCAACAUUUUCUCCAACCUCAGAACAAUCUUUAGAUUAAGUAAUGUGCAAUCUGUUGAUUUCUAUAGAUUAAGUAAUGUGCAAUAUGUUGAUUGUAUUAGAUUAAGUAAUGUGCAAUUUGUUGAUUUCUUUAGAUUGAGUAAGGUGCAAUAUGUUAAUUGUAUUAGAUUAAGUAAUGUGCAAUCUGUUGAUUUCUUUAGAUUAAGCAAUGUGCAAUCUGUUGAUUUCUUUAGAUAAAUUAAUGUGCAAUCUGUUGAUUUUUUUAGAUUAAGUAAUGUGAAAUCUGUUAAUUUCAUUAGAUUAAGUAAUAUGCAAUCUGUUAAUUAAAUUUAGUAUGAUCAAUUUAAUCAGAGUAAAUGCAUGUAAAGAGCAUGUUCUGGAACCAGCUCCCCUUCCAUAUCCGUCAUUGUGAAACCUCGUCCAUUUUCAAAAAGUCCCUUAAAACUCAUCUGUUUAGGUCCGCCUAUGACCUGUGAUGCACCCUCCUUGCCCUGCCUCAUUUUCUGUUUCGGGUUGAUCCUGAAGUAUAGGCCAAAACGUGCCAAAGUGUCCUCGUUUUAUAGCCAUUUUCAUUGUUUCUAUAGUAUAGUAGUUACUAUCAGUGUCUCAUUUUUAUUUUACUUAGUUUACAUGUUUUUAAUAAUUGUAAAGCGCUUAGAGCUUUAUGGUAAGCGCUAUAUAAAAAUUCAUAAAUAAAUAAAUAAAAGCCAGUCCGAAACUGACAGCCAGUGAUCAGGGAUGUUGAAUCUUUAUUAAUUAAUUGAUGUGACCUUUGUUUCUGUAAAAAAUGUUCGACAUUUAAACAUACAAGUAAGGUAGUCAUUAAAAUUUUCUGAGCUUUAUUAUUUGGAAACUUGAGGAUUUUCCAUUUAAAAAAAAGCAAAAAACUUUCAUUUAAUGGAAGCAAACCAAAUGCCAUUCCCUUGAUUAUCUCCCCAGAUUGUGGAUUGGCAGGACCUGAGUUAUGUCGCGUGCAGCUGGCCUAGGG